AUGACGGCUGCAAGCGCGCUGAGCAAGGCUGCCUGCACUGACGAGGCCGCCUGGGGCGCUGUGACCGGCCAGGCAGCGGCACUCCUCGAAGAAGCGCCGCCGGAUGGUGGCCGAGCAGAGCUUCAGAGUCUUCUGCAUGCGCUGCUUGUUGUGCUGAACGCCUGCGCGAGGCAUGCGCUGCAGGAUCCGCAGCUGCUCAAAGCCACGUACGGGUGGCUGUCCCAACUGCACCGUGGGAGUCUCGCAAGCCCGGGCCGGCACCUACUGGCGGAGGACCUGGCUCGUCAGGGGCUGUUGGCCGGGUCACUGGCAAAGCUUGGUGCUGCUGGCUUCCUGGAGACGCAGGUGUGGAGGAUUUCUGCUGCCAACUACUUGGGCGCAUGGAGCUUCAUCCUUCACUGUUGCAAUGCCGAAGGACAGCUUCAGGAUCGCGGGCUGCUCCUCCUAGGCCUCGGACAUGCUCUGGCUGGACUCCCUAGAGAGGCCGAACAGCUGCGCCUUUUUCUAUGCAACGCUGCAUUGAAGCAGAUCGCGGCUGCUGCUGUUCCUGUGGAAACUUCCGGGUCCUCCGAGCUCGAAGAGGACGUCCUUGCGAACUACUCGCAGAUCCUCACCGGUCUCCAGUGCAUGGAGUUCUUCAGUGGAUGGGAUCCAACUUUGGCAGAGGGCCGAAUGAUCCAGUCCUUGCUUGCUGCUGUCUCACCACAUCUUUGCCGUCGUUCAACUGGACAGCGGCGUGAAAGUGGGUUUUCUGCAGAGGUUGCGGACACCCUGGUCGGAGAGGGCGGCGCGCGCCCUGUCCUGACACUGAAAGCCUCGCAGCUGCAGUUCGAGGAGGCUGCUUCCCAGUUCUUCUUGGAUGUGGUGGUAUUUCAACAGAGGUCUGAUUUGGACAACGACGAAGCGGUGCAAAGAGCCUGUGGAUGGCAGCGAGGGUUGGCCAGGGAUGUCAUGUCGCUCCUGGAUGCCUCCUUGGAGGAGAGAACUCUCGCCCUCAGCGCUGCGCGCUGCCAGCGUGUUGUUCAAAGGAUGCAGGACGCGGCACCCCAGCGGAGGGUCAGUGACGGAGGUAUCGGCCAGCUGCUGAAGGCGAUCUCGCUGCUGCUUCGGAAGAGGGGCUUCGACCGCAAGAAGCCCACACCCUUUGAAGAGCUGGAGAUCAUUGGCCAGCCCUUGGUCGUCACCGGUGCUCGGAGCGAGGAAGAGGCCGUGCAUGCUUUGGAGCAGGUCGUGCAUCUUGUCCGUGCCAGCUCCGAGAUCACAACAGUUCGACUGACAGACUGUUCCAUCUCCGGCCAGCGCAGCUGCAUCUCCGAAGUGGGACGUUUGAUGAAGCAGCUGGGGGCGGGUUCCACGGCGCACUUCUUGCAAGAGGUCGACCUCUCGCAGAAUCUCCUGGACGACGAGUCUGCUCGCAAGAUUGUCGAAUCGGCCAUCAAGGAGCGCUACCAGCGCGGCUCCGGCGAGGCGCCGCGCGGGCCGCUGUGGCUGGACUUGAGCUGCAACUGCAUCAAGCAGCCACAGAUGCUCUUCGAUCGUCUUCAGGCCUGGGCCUCCUGGGCUUACCGGGAAGGAGCUCUGUGCCUGGCGCAGAGUCCCAAAUGCACCAAGGAGGCCUGUCCACGAGGAGCUUUGCUGCACCUGCCCCGCUUUUUGGAGCAGGGUCGUGAGUCGUCUCGGGUCAUCCUCCUCGAAAGAGGGCACACGCGUCAGCGGGAGGAAGCCGAAGGAGAGAAGGAUAUGCCGCUUCAGAACGGCAGGAAUCGUUCUCCUGUGCGGCUUUUGCCCGCACGGCGGCCUGUUGUGAACCUCGUAGGGCGACGGAGCCGGUCUCGCAGUGCCAGAUCUGUGCUUCAAGGAUCGAAUGGCUGCGCAGCCGACAAAAGCCGCAAGAAGGUGGAGGGCAGUCAGGAAGAGCAGGAGGAGGUGUCGGAAGGCGAGGAAGAAGAGGAGGCUACGGACGACGAGGACGAGGAAGAGGAAGAGGAGGAAGGGGAGGAGAUGAGCGAAGAGAGCGAAGAGGAGGGCGAGAGCGACGAGAGCGAGAUUUGUGGACGAGAUGUCGAGGCGGCUCCAAACGACGUGUCCCGCGAGCGCAAAGCAGCCCGAACACGUGAUGCCAGCAGUGAGGAGCGAGUUCCCCUCACAAAGGACAAGAUCGAAGAGAAGCUUGACAGGCUUCUCAGCAUCCUGGCUCCGCCACCGACCCCCACGCCGCCUCUUGCGCCUGAGCACCCUGAGGAAACAGCGGUUUAG